CUCUCCUCCUCUCCCAAACUCCUGAUUGGUCGACAUAAAUGUGUUUCCAGGAGGGAUCAGAGGAUCUCUACACGCUGAUAGGUCGUUUGACGACAUUCAUAUGGGAUUGACGUUCGGCUCAAGGACAGAAUUUGUUUGCAGGUGAAGCUGCUGGACUAACAGGCUGUCCUGCUACAUUUCAGCCAUUGUGGAAGCUCUUGUGAAGACGAGGAAUGGCGACGCAGACAUAGUUUCUGUAGGAACAAAGCCCACCAACAACAGUUAAUCUCCGGAUUUCUCCACAGAGUAGAGCCGGUGUAUGCCACCCUUUCCCUUGUUUCUCAAAAUGGAUACCGGACCUGCCUCCCCCCCUGCCUCCAUGGUGGCGGGCCCUUCCCCACUGUGGCGACUGGCUGAUAGGAGGAGCAGGAAAGCAGGCUCAGCGAACAUCUUCAGCGAUGUGAACCUGUGGCAGCUCCAGAGACUGUUCAAGGCAGCGGGGGAUCAGGACGCAGAGCAGAGGGCCCAGCUGGUUUGGGGCCAAACAGAUGAAGCUGAACUGGCUCAGGCGUUGAUAGGACUGAGGGCCCGAAGUCAAAGGAGAGGGCUGAAGUCCAAUGGGAGAGAAGCACUGGGCUCACACUGGCUACGAGCCUUCAAUCACCUCAGGAUUGGGGAGAGUUCUCCCAGCAGCCCGGGGAAGGACCCCGCAGAGGAGAAUGAAUCUGAGGCAGGAGCCCACGAUAGUCCAGAGUCAGGCAGACACACCUCAUCAGGGACAUCAGGUGGAGCUACAGGGGCUACAGUGGGACUAACUGAGGGCCUAGACCAUGCAGGGACUUCUGAGAGACCGGCUAGACCCAACUCAGGACUGAAGAGAGGAGAAGGGAACAAUCCAGAGAGAUACCUCCACAGAAUACGUCACUGACUUGACCCAAACCUGACUUUCAAUCUGAGUCUGCCAGCACUUCAGUCACACAGCCAGCUCGUCCCUCCUGAAUACUUCUGUUGUGUUCACACACUGUUGCUAGGUUUGAAUUAACCUCUGGAAAAAGCAAGUCAUAUGUGUAACUGCAGGUUGAGAGAAUAGAUGACUAUUGCCUUGAAGCCUGGUCGUUGUAAUGGCUCUGAUCAGAUGGUACUAUACUGGCACUGCACUUUAACUUGUUGCAGACACAUCUCUGGCACUGCUGAAUACUUAAAGCAGCACAAACAACUCACUAGCUCCUGUUUUUCACACUUUUAUAAUGUGGUUACCUCUCAAGAACUGCCUUUUGUGUAUUCCUAAAUUCAUCCCACCACUUACACUAACCAUGCGUAAGGAUUGUUAAGGGUAGUGGUGUUUAGGUAUGUUUGUAGUUCACAUCUGUAAAUCAAGUAGUAAACAACUUGACACUUAUGAUCACUGUAAGGCAAAUUAAGUGACUAUAAAAAUCUGUAUUUGCCCUAUCAGGUUGAAAGUACUGAUACUGUGAUGUAUGGCUGCAUUAGGGAUACAUUUUCAGCUGUUUCACCCACUAAUGUAUGAUCCUAGUUGUGUGUGUAGUAAGAGUGAACUGUGAGCUAAUGUAAGUGUCUUGAGUUGUAUACAUGCAUUUCUAUAUAAUGCACAUUUAGAUAUAAAAUGAUUUAAACAUAUGAGUAAAAUCCAGGUGGUUCACUCUGCCUAGGGACCAAAUAUAUAUAAAUGAUCCUCUACUGUUGAGGGAAACUUGACAAUUAAUGUUCUCAUAUUAAAAUGAGUGAGGUAAGUUGGGUGUGAAAACCCACUUAUGAAAUGACUGUCAUUGACAAAUUGCUUGAAACUAGAUGAAGCUUUUUGACAACACUGUUGUGUCGCUUUUUGAUUUCUAGUAAUAGAAAGAGAAGUGAGUCUUUGUAUUGUUUUUCUUGUCAAAAUAAAUAUGCUUAUAAGAAA